AUGAUGGGUUUCAAAGACUUACUGGGAUUGAAUAAGUCUAAAAAGGAUUCAAUUGAUGCGGAGGCGUUGGAUGAUAUCGCACACGAGAUUGACGUUUGUGAUAUAGAGUCAAUAUGUUCGGGUGGUUCCUGUCAAAGUGAUGGAGAAGAAGAUGAUGAUAUUAAGAAAGGUGAAGAAGUUUUCUCUAAAUUGAAAAUUGACUAUAGUACACCUCUUUUUAAUUCAUCAAAAGUACCAAAAUUACAUUUCAUUGUUCCAACUUCGCAAAUCGAUUGGGAACAUGAUGCAUGCAUGGAAAAGAAAGAUUCUGUACAAUAUAAAAUUAACAACUGGUGUCAAGAAAAUUUUGACGAGUUUAAAGACUUGAAUAUAGGGGAUAAAUUCACUUGUAGUGUAACCUCAAUGCCAAUUGAUAUAAUGGACAUUGACGUAAUGAGAGGACUGAAGAAUAACGUAUUAAUCUUACCAUAUUUUAUAUGGAUGAACGAUUUAAAGAGUGAAAACGUUGAACAAACUUUAAACGAACUGGUUCCUGAACUGUUGAAGCAUGAUCUGAAUAAAGAACAAUUGUUUGAAAAAUUUUCGUACCUUUCUGACGCUAGGGAGAAAUCUUUUGUAUUUAUCUGUUCUCAUACAACAAGAGACAAGAGAUGUGGUAUUACAGCUCCAUAUAUGAAAAGAAUUUUCGAUAAACUUUUGAAAGAAAAUGGUUUAUAUAGAGAUAAUUCAGAUUUUAGACCAGACGGUGUAAAAGUCGAAUUUAUUAAUCAUGUGGGUGGACAUAAGUUUGCAGGGAACGUACAAAUCUACCUUAAGGAUACUAUGACCUUGGUCUGGUUAGGUCGUGUCACACCAAAAGAUAUACCAACUAUCUUCAGCAGUUUGGUCCUACCAGAGAAUCCGGCUUUACCGUUACCUGCCAAAGUAAGAUGUGUGAAAAAAUAUCAAAAAUGGUAA